AUGAUAACUGCAGAUUUUACUGGCCAAUUGAAAGGUUGGUGGGAUAAUUAUCUCAAUCAGGAGCAAAGAGAUAAAGUUCUACAAGUAGUUAAAUUAGAAGGAGAGCAAUAUACUCAGAAUGCAGUUUAUACACUGGUUCUAAAUAUUAUUGAACAUUUUUCAGGAAGAUGGUCAGAAAAUAGCGAGACCAUUAGAAACUUGCUUCAAAACCUUAGAUGUAAAACUCUUACAUCAUUUAGGUAUUAUAAGGAUGUGUUUUUAUGCAGAGUAAUGGAAUUGCCAGAGUGUAAUAGCACUCAUUGGAAAUCCAAAUUUAUAGAUGGAUUACCAACUCUCUUUGCUGAAAGGGUUAGAAAAGCCAUCAGAGGAGAAAAUCACAGUAUAAAUUAUGAUGAGUAUACCUAUAGAAAGCUUAUAGGUGCUUGUGUCCAAGUAGAAUUAGCAUUGUGCAAUGAGAUUAAGUUGAAUCAACAGAUUAAGCGACAUCGCUUAAAUGAAAGAAAACAACUAGGAGAGUUUUGCGAACAAUUCACAUUUGAUAUUCCCAAACAAAAAUCUAAAGAUAAGGAAUAUACUCCUAAGAAGAAAAAAUCUUCCAAGAAAUAUUAUGAGAAAUGGAAGAAAAAGAGGAUUGAAAAAAAGCUUAGAAGAGCUGAAGAAGGAAAAUGA